AUCCAGUCAUUUCGAACCCUGCGCCAUCAUCAUCACCACCACCACAUCUAAAAUGGACUUCUAGCAUUGAAACUGAAACAAUGCCUACAGAGAUCUAUCAGGAUCAGAACCAGGUACAAAAUGAACAGCUCACCAGCACGAAAGUAGAAGAGUUCUCCAACCAUGCUCUUCUGGUGACUGAAUCAGACAUCGAUAUACCUUGUCCCCAGUUACCAAACACACUGGCUCACACAGAUAAGGACUUUGAAGCAUUCACUUUAAACGAAUUUCCUUGUGGUGUAAAAACAGAGCCUUUUGAAAAUCUUGAUUCACAGUCUACCAAUGCUAACAUAUCCGUCUACAGUCCAUUACCUCAUUGCGUUGCUCAGUUACCAGCUACUACUGAUAUUAACCACAAGUCUGAUCCUAAAGUGUUCAGUGUAUCGAAUUGCACUGAUCUAGAAUCAGCUAAAUGUACGAAGCUAAAGCCUAAAACCUUGCAAGUAUCCGUCAGUAAAAUAAGCCAAAAUGUGUUAAAGACCACUUGUCCUGAAUCAGGCGUAGCUCAUGUCAACUACAACACUGCUCAUCAAAACACAGACUCAAGAUCAGUCAGAAACGACACUAUUAGCGGCAACGGUCAUCUCGGUAUAGCUAACGUUGCG